AUGAAUGUUGAUCUGUGGGCACGUCUCAAGUUCCAACUAUGGAGUGUAAGCGUCGAACCACCAAGAAACACACCGGUGGUUGAAUAUGGGAAGGAAAAUGAGAAAAGAUUCACCAUUCGUGUUGUUCAUGGUGGGUUCUUUACAGACUACCAGAUGCUUGGCUGUUUUUCUAGAAGCCUUGGGUAUAUAAGUUUGGGGAACUGGUAUCACAUGCCCACCGAAGAACACAGUGGGUUGUCAAUGAUUCCAAUUAUGAAUGAUGAAUGUUUGGGACCCUUCAUGACAUUAGUUAGGGCACAAAAAUUCAGAGAGAUUGAACAUCUCUAUGUUGAACACAUGCCUGUGUUUGUUCCAAACAAUUUCCCACAUUUUUUGAUGAACUCACCAGCCAAACGUGUUGAGAAGCUUAUUCACAUGUUUGUAACAGACCAUCCAAUGGCAUCGGUUGAUGAUGGAAUAGCAUACAUCAAUCAUAUGCUAAACAUGAGAAUUCCAAGAGAAAAAAUGGAGGAUGCUAUGGACAUGGCGAAAGAAAAUGUCAUAGCAUGGAAAGACAUAUCCUAG